UCGACUGUCUGCCUUUGAUACAGGCGGCCGAAACCCAAAUUCGAUAGAUCGGUGCUCCCUUCCCCUCUUUCCUCUGCACUCAGCCAACUCUCAGUUGUUCCCCUCAAAAGGAGUUGGACAAGAGGCUUUCUGAGUGACUCCUACACCAUGCGAGCUUAGAGCGGCUUGGGGAAGAGAACCACGAAGGAGCUUCGCAAAGGCCUGCCAAUGUCAGGCUGUUUUAUACAUCCAUCCUUAUUUUCCACCUUCAUACCAAACCUAAAGCAAAACAGGCGUAGAAGGCGUUAGGCAGCAUUCGAGCUGUCUCAUAAAUCUUUGCAGUAAAGGGACAGCGUUGUAGAGGAAGACAGCCGUUGGCGAGGUCUGCUGGGAUCAGCUGACCGAGGCACAACAUUGAGAUCUCGCCGCUUCUCGGUACCAAACCGAGAAAUGUGUUGAGUUUAUCGAAUUUGCGGACGUCACCCUGUCUGGCGGCGCGGAGGUCAUGUCGCGCCAAGAGGACUCCGACGACGGCGUAAUGCCGGUAACCUUCUCUGAUAGUGACUGGGAACGGCUGAGCUACGAUGAAGAUUCGCAGCCACCGUCGUUCGACCCGGACCUUGAAGCGGGAUCCGGGCAAGGUGAUUAUGAGGAGGAAGACGUCGCACCAUGUGAAGGCGAUCCUGAUGAUGAACUAGAGCAUGUAACAGCCCCCUUCGACGGAGAUGAAGACGUUUCUGAAAAUAUGAUUAUUGCCGAUAUCUACGAGUCAGGUAUAGUCCCAGAUCGUAGUCACACUCUGCAAAAUGUCGAUGCGUUGUGUCAGCCUCGGGGCGAGCGCAGUGAAAGUACGGGUCUGCUUCUCACACUACUCUAUGUUAUUCACGAUUUUUUCCAGCCGCGGCUUCAGUGGUUUUUCGAUAGCAUGAUUUUCCGCAAGUACCUUGCGGAUAACGCAACGCUGUCAUCUGCCCUCAUAACUGCGACAAUCGUCAUGGUCCUCCCACUGGCAGCCGCUCUUAUUCUAUCCGCCUUUUUGGUCGCAUGCUCUGCAGCAGCGUGCGCCUUCCUCGUGGUGGUAUCCGUGGGCCUGGGCAUCGUGUUAUCCUUGGUAUGGGCAUUCUGGGUAUCUGUGCCCAUCACUAUUCUCCUUGCGGCACUCUGCGCAGGAUCUACUCUUUAUCAAAGAACGUUCAAGGUCAAACUAUCCGCCAAAGAGGUCUAACCAGGUCUCACGCGUCGAUAGAGAACUAUUCAUCAAGGUUUCUCUUGUCGCCAAUGAAACCGGAUGAAAUGAAAAUUAGAACGUAAUUUUUGUUUUUUGUUUUUUGUCAUCAUAUAUAGUUGAAAUAUUUAUAUGCAUGCGUAUUCGUAUAUAAACGACGAAUUUCUGUAAUCUCGGUCUGAGAGGUACUGUGGUGCUAUCAAAGGUCCCUCAUAUGGCCAAUGGGAUUAGUAAUGCUGAAAUCGUAAAUAUCUUGGCUUAUGUACCAACAAUAAUUAUUUCCAGAACCAAACGGAGGUGAAAGGAACAAAAUGUCCUCCUUGCGGGUUGACGUUUGAGAAAGAUUCGACAUUAGGGUGUAACGCACGAACCGUAAAUUGGGGUUGUUUCACACCAUUUGCUAUCUACUCAAGCGUAUAAAAAAGUAAAAGUCGCAAAGAAAAGAUGGAUGUUGAUGUAUAACAUGCAUAGUAUGAAGUCGCCAUAUCUACAGAUACAGACUCUCUACGAUUUCUUCAUAAUCUAUAUAAUAAGGUGAUAAACAAACCGUUCCAGCAUGCUUAUAUUACAGAAGUACGCCUACCCUUUACGGAGCUGUUUUAGAACGGUGCACCAUCGAACAACCUACGAGGCCAGUACUUUCUGUUUCUAUAAUAACUGCCUAAUUAAAAGCCUAUCGUCGAAUAGAUUCUGGGACGUACGAAAUGCAGCGCAUGUGUGUGAUAAUGUUUGACAAACAUCAAAAUGAGCCUUAUAAUGGUCAUAGCAUCAAACACAGCGAAAAACUUGUAUUCACUAGCAGUGUCCGGUUCGUAAUGACUGCUAAACUGAGGAAUCAAUGAACUUGCAGCUUAAACAGCUUGUAGCUCAACAAUAAGUACCGUGUUACGGCCCACCGCAAACAAUCGCUUCGUUGAAUAGUCGUUUUGUUGACGCUUUCAUCAGACCUGUAAAUCUGAGUGUCGCGUGUAUCUAAACGCAUUUGGCGCGCCCGUAGGAAAAUAUUUAGAAUCGACCCCAAUAUUCGGUAUCGGUACAGCUGAGUCCCCCUUAAUAUACUUACUCAAACAUGUGUUUAACAGUCGGAAGCAAGACUCUAUCUAUUUAUUAGGCUGCCUGCGGGAAUUUUGCACGUUGCAACUUUGUAUAUCUGAUUAGGUAGUUUCGUCAAAUGUUAAAACACGAACUAGCAACAGCCGGUAUUCUGGAUUAAGGGACACAACAGACACAUGAUGACGUUGCUGAUUUAGAAAUCUCGCACAGUGUACAUUACAUUAAACACUCGCUACGAUACUAAAAAUGAGACAGACAUAUAGUUAAUUAAUAAAAUUCAUCGUAUAAUUAAUAGCGAGCUUAUAAUUAAUAUCAUUAGAUUAGCCUGUACCAAUAGAACUGACAUAAGGUUAUAAUAGUGAAACACCUUAAUAAAUAAAUACAGCAACGAUUAUAAUAAUGAUAAUGACAGAUUGUUGUCAUAAUGGUAUUAUUAAUACAUCUGACUGUGACUUUGCAAAUAAGGAAGAGCUAGGCGACUUUAGUAAAUCUUUAGCACAAUAUCGGUAAGCAACGCGUUGAGAGCGCUGAUAAGGAAUCAUCCGAUUUAAAUCCCGCCUACAGCUGAAGCUUAAUCAAAGUAUGCCAUUUACAUAUUUUACCUAUUUACAUAAUAACUAAGUUUUGCUAGCGUCCCGCUUCUCAUUUACCAUGUUACUGUGGACAGUUUUUG